CCCGCCCAGUAGUGGUCUGCUGUGGCCUUCGUGUUGUUGACAUCAGAGGAAGAGAUGGAGGAGUUUGACCUUCAGAAGUUCAAGAAAUCAGACGAGUGUCUCUUUAGGCUACUGGAAGUUUUGAAAAUCUCCAUAAGAGCUGUGCUAAAUGAUUGUAACUUAACAGAUGAGAGCUGUACAAAUUUGUCUAAAGCUCUUGGAUCAGAUAACAAUCUGAUAGAGCUGAAUAUGAGCAAAAACAAUCUACUGGAUUCAGGAGUGAUUCAGCUCUGUACUGGACUGAAGACAUGUAAAUUGGAGAUACUGAAGCUCAGUAACUGUGCAUUAACAGAGAAAAGCUGUUCAGCUCUUGCUUCAGUUCUCAGUUCAGACUCCAGCAGUCUAAAGGAACUUGAUCUGAGCAAUAAUACUCUGCGGGAUUCAGGAGUGAAGCCACUCUCUGAUGGACUGAAAAAUAACUUUAAACUGGAGAUACUCAGGUGA